UUUCAUUUACCUUUAAUUUCCCCAUACCCCCACCCCACUAUAGAAUACUCUUCUUCCAACCUUCAAUUUUUUUGCCUAAACCCGUACGUCACACAACAUAUAAUCUCACGUCAUUCGUAAUUAAGAAAAAAAUAACCACCCAUCCAAAUUCCAAAACCCAAACCUACUAUCUAUCUAGCUAUUCUUGAAGUAGAAGAGAGUGGAAACUAAGGCCCGGCCCCUUUGCUUGAAGUGUUAGGCAGGCGUGUUUGUUUGGGGUGUGAAAUGGAUCAUGCCGUAGACUGUUAUUUCCUGGCUGCCUACGCAACCUGACUCACUUUCCAAACAACCACUGCGGGCACCCAUAAAAUCUUCUCAUCUCAUCUCCUCCGCCCUCCAUAUAUUAAUUUCUGGUGAUCUCAGAAUUGAAGAAGCUGGAAAAAGGGGAUGGAAAACCCAAAGCUGGUAACCAUAUUUUCUGAGAAAAUAUCAGUUCUUGAUGAUGAACACACAAAGCCUGCAGAUAGCUUUGUUGUGGACAUGGAACGCUUCUCUAAUCUCUUGGAGAGAGACGUGCCAGCAAAUUCAAGAAUUAAGAAGUUGCAGAGAAGCCUUUCAAGAAAAGGAUCAGUAAGAAGCAGCGAGAGGAAACCCAAUCCAAAUGCAGCAAAUGAGAAUCCCAUUGCAACUUCACCAAGAGCUGCGCCAUUACAUGGGGCAAGCACGCCUGAAAAGCUAACGGUAGUGACGAUGGGGGCCACCGAUAACUCCCCUCCCCAACCCCAUAAUCAGAUAACCAUCAUGGCGGGCGGCGCCACCCCUGCCGAAAGCAAACUGGGUGGGCGCCGGUUUAGCUUCAGAAGGCCUUCUUCCUCGCCUUCUUGGACCAUUGAUCCUAGAAGAAUCCUUCUCUUCUUUGCCACCCUGUCUAGCAUGGGAACAAUGUUACUCAUAUAUUUUACAUUAUCCAUGGGAAACCUCAAUGCAGAUGAAAGUGUUCUUAAUUAAGACGACUAUGCUGUCAUACUCAUCAACCGCUGUAUAUUAAAGCCUCCAUAAGCUAUAGCUAGUAACGAAGGCGCUAACAGUCAGCGCCACGUUUCAGUGACAGGAUACUGGACUCAGUCCUCCCAGCCACCGCCCAACACUGUGCUUUGUGUUGACACCGUGGAUUCAUUCUGCAAGGGCGGUGGUGGGAGGCAGGUGCAAAAAGGCGAGGGAAAGAAGAUAAUGGAAAGUGGAGUAGGUAGGAAUGAACUAGGAAGCUAAACAUCACUCUCUUUUCAGGCUACCUUUUGUUGUGUGAUCUUUUAGGAGAAGACAAGAAUGGAAGCCACUAUGACAAAGAUAGGGAAUCUUAGAUUAUAUUAGUGUGAAAGAUGAGAAACACAUGAUGUGCAUACCUGUUUGUUUUAGUAGCUUAUUGGAGAUCCACUUUGUCAUCUU